AUGCACAUUACUAUCGCCCUCACCUUUGGCUUCAUCGGCCUCCUCGCCGCCAUUCAGUCCGUUGAGAUCCAACAGCCACCCACCCAAACACCCAAGCACGCAACGCACUACUGCGUCAGUUACUGGCCUUCCGACUAUUACCAAGACCUCACCCGACAGGGCGACGUGAGCUAUGAUGAUAUCGUUUGCAAGAAAUUUCACAAGAUGGACAUAGACCACUAUAAAGAUGAAGUUCCCAUCGAGCGAACCCGUCUCGUCUUACAUCAGAUCCGUGUAGACUAUGCGUCAAAGGAGAAACUUUCAAAUAUCCAAAUCAAGUACGACCAACCCGAGCACAGAUCAAACAUCGGCAGCACCAUCACCAACAGGGCACCAAAAGGCAAAGACCUGCUAAACCCUCUUGAGAGGAAGGUCAAUUCGCUUUCUCGCAGGGCCACCACGAAUUCUGGCUCGUCAUCCUACGGUCUUCACUUCUGGAACGGUGACACUUCAACACACUGCAUGUUCACAAGUGAAUACCUCGCUGCGGGCGGAGUGUAUCCGUACCCUCUCACGAUCUGGGGCGACUCGUCCGUCCCCGCCGAAGGCAUCCAGUGCUUCUACCUGGCGCACCUGCCAAUUUAUCAAAUACCCAAACCUUCCGGAGCCGGUCGCAAGCGUGGCACUUCCAGCACCGGUCGCACCAGCGACAUCAACUCGAUCAGUGGUGACCCGGCAGUGUCUCUCUGA